AUGUUAAACGCUGUCGUUUUCUUGGACCAUCGAGGAGGAUGGCCAGUUCAACAACCGAGAGCAGGACAUCCUACAAAGAAGAUCAUGUUGAGUGUAUGGUGGGAUAUCAAAGGAGUAAUUCAUUGUGAUAAAAUGCGGGGCAAAAUUCUGCAAAGACUUUCAAAAACAUUUGCGAAGUUUAAUUGUGACCAUGUUGUAGGUGAAUCAACGAUUCGAAGGUGGUUUGCAAAAUUUGAAGCUGGAGAGUUUAGCUUGAAAGAUGACGGCCGCAGUGGAAGACCUUCAACAUUGGAUGAAGAUGUUUUGAAGGCAAACUUCGAAGAGAGCUCAAAUAUCACGACUAGAGAACUUGCAGAGGAAUUGGAAGUUUCUAUAAGUACAGCUCAGGAACACCUAGGGAAGCUAGGAUGCAUUUCUCGUUAUAAU